UUUCAUUGAGUGGCGAAACGGAAUACGGUGUGUUGUGAGUACGGAAUUAAAGCAGUAAAGCAAACAAUUGCAUAAAUUAGAGUGGGAAGAUUUACAAAAAAGAAAAAAAUAUAAUGGCAGCCAGAUUAAUUCAAAAGAUUGUUAACACGGUGCCUGCUUCUGGUCGGGCCUAUUCAUCAGGUGCACGCAAAGUUACUCUCAUACCAGGUGAUGGCAUUGGCCCUGAAAUUUCUGCUUCCGUACAAAAAAUAUUUACCGCCGCUCAGGUACCCAUCGAAUGGGAAUCGGUUGAUGUAACUCCAGUUAGAGGUCCUGACGGUAAAUUCGGUAUACCUCAGGCUGCCAUUAAUUCGGUAAAUACCAAUAAAAUUGGUCUAAAAGGCCCACUCAUGACUCCGGUAGGCAAAGGUCAUCGUUCCUUGAAUUUGGCUCUACGUAAGGAAUUCAAUUUAUAUGCUAAUGUCAGACCUUGCAGGAGCCUAGAGGGCUACAAAACUCUUUACGAUAAUGUUAAUGUCGUAACAAUACGUGAAAACACCGAAGGUGAAUAUUCUGGCAUCGAACAUGAAAUAGUUGACGGCGUAGUGCAGAGUAUUAAAUUAAUUACGGAAGAAGCUUCUAAAAGAGUCGCCGAUUAUGCUUUUCAAUAUGCCAAAAAUAAUGGUAGAAAAAAGGUUACCGUCGUGCACAAGGCUAACAUUAUGCGUAUGUCAGAUGGUUUGUUUUUACGUUGCGUUCGUGAAAUGGCCGAAAAAUAUCCAGAAAUUAAAUUUGAGGAACGCUAUUUGGAUACUGUAUGCUUAAAUAUGGUACAGGAUCCCUCAAAAUAUGAUGUCUUGGUUAUGCCCAAUUUAUACGGUGAUAUAUUAUCGGAUAUGUGUGCCGGUUUAGUAGGUGGCUUAGGUUUAACACCUUCCGGUAAUAUGGGCCUAAAUGGUGCUCUUUUUGAAUCUGUCCACGGUACUGCCCCUGACAUUGCUGGCAAAGAUUUGGCCAAUCCCACUGCCCUGUUACUCUCAGCCGUUAUGAUGUUAAGACAUAUGGAGCUCAACACUCAUGCUGAUAAAAUUGAAAAAGCUUGUUUUGACGUCAUUAAAGAGGGUAAUCAUUUAACUGGUGAUUUAGGCGGCAAAGCGAAAUGCUCGGAGUAUACAAACGAGAUAUGCGCGAAGCUAUAAGCCAAAACACCUCCACCAACGUUGUACUGCUAAUAAUCCCAUUCGUAAAGGUCAACAAUCUUUUAUUUGCUAUAAAACAAUUUAUAAGUUACACUGUUUAAGCCAAAAGUUUCUUUCGGAGAGGUCUUUGCUUUAACAAAACACUUCUCAUGGUUCCCUUCAACUCGAUAGUAUUUUGUGUUCGAAUCGUUGUUUGUUUUUAAUUUUCAUUUAUAAUAUAUAUAACACUGUGAAAAAUCUCGUUUUUUUUGUUUUUUUUGUUUUUUUUUUUUGUUUAAAUAAUUGUGAUCUGCUAACUUAUUCGUUAUUGUGCUCGUCCUUUUUCUAUUUUUUUUUUCCAUUUUUCUUUUUUCGUAUAUUGUAGUCAUUCAUUUUGUAUUUUAAAAAUAUUCGAAAAAUUGUAAUAUAUAUAUUUUAUGUAUUUAUAUUAUUUUCCUUCCUCUUCGCGAAUAUAUAUCGCUGUCUCAUAAUGUAACCGCUAGAAAAGUGUUUAAGUCAGGAAAAAAAAAAACCAAUAA